CGGCGGCCGACAUGUUCCAGGGCGCGGACGGCCAAGCUGGCAAGUCGGGUUCCAGGUCCAUGAAGCCCCCGGGAGGAGAAUCGAGAGAUCUUUUUGGAAGUUCAGAAGAAGGUUUUAUUUCUUCAAGCAAGCCUAAUAGGAUCGCAUCUAAUAUUUUCGGACCAACCGAAGAACCUAAAAACAUACCCAAGAGGACAAAUCCUCCAGGAGGCAAAGGAAGUGGGAUCUUCGAUGAAUCGACUCCUGUGCAAGCUCGACAACGUUUGAAUCCACCCGGGGGGAAGACCAGUGACAUAUUUGGGUCCCCAGUCACUGCCACUGCGCCUCUGGCACACCCAAACAAGCCCAAGGAUCAUGUUUUGCUGUGUGAAGGUGAAGACUCUAAGUCUGACCUGAAAGCUGCAACAGACUCCACACCCAGAGGAGAGCAGGGCGACAAAGGAAGCUCAAAAGAAGUAGAACAUGCAAAGAUACCGGAGCCCACACCUACAGUUGACAGUCAUGAGCCCAGACUGGGGCCACGACCUCGCUCCCACAACAAAGUCCUGAACCCACCAGGAGGCAAAUCCAGCCUCUCCUUCUAUUGAGAGGUUCCUGNUCUGCCUGUAACUGGACCAGACAGNGAGAGAGUAUUGAAUGUUAGUGUUUCCUUUAACUCAAAUGAGCUGGGGUGGGAGAGGGUUUGUCAUGCGCGUGGGGUUGACUGCUCAUAGGCCUUGUUGUCAUCGGCAGAGCUGCACAGAGGACUGCCAAGACAUACAUUGUGGGGUAAACNGGGAUGCUCUGGUCCCUCCUCUCUAACUGCUCUCUAUGAAACACAUCUGUAAAGUGGGGAAGGCAGAAGAGCUGGGCUGUUAACAGAAGGAUUCCAGGGUCUUUCUUGUCCUUGUGUUAGCAGGCUGAUGGCUGUUGGGCAUCAAAGUAUGGUUUGGUUGAAAAAAA